AGCCGAGUCGAGCAGAAAUUUUCUUUAGAGUCGUUCUACGCAGAAUCGAGGCUGCACCAUCUGUUUUAAUUUUGUUUUCGUAAACCCAUAGAUUACGUACAUUAGUGGUGCAAUUAAUUUAAAGUAAGGAAAGAUUAAAGGGUUUUGAAGAUGUGAGGAAAUGAUAUUUAAUUAACGAGGGAGAAGUCGAAUUUUAAAAAAGGAGGGCAUAUGAAAUGACAUCGUUUAAUGUGAAAAUAUUUUCUAAAGCUGAAGAAAAAUGGAACAAAGCCGAAACUUUAUCUUCCAAAUCGGAAGAUAUAACAAUAAAAGCAAAUUUCAAUUGCCCCAAAAUAACGGAAAAAAAUAAUAUUAAAUCAUUACUCACUGGCAAUGAAAAUAUUUUAAAUAGCGUAGAAUUGGAUAGUAAUUUGACACAAUUUAGCAAAGAAUUCGACAUUGUUGAUAAUAGUGAAACAAAUUAUUUACAAGAUUUAUCAUUUAAUCAAAUUUCCAACGAAUCUAGAUUUUUUAUAGAGAACGAAGUACAAUAUAGCAAUAACAAUGAUCGCUUAAAAUCUGUACGAUCAAAGCAUAAUGUAUUUAAACAAUAUGGUAAAGAUAUAUGCGGUGACUUAAAUGAUUCUGUAAAUUUAUUAAAAUCAAAGUUAUUUACACCAUAUAAGGAUGAAGUAAUUCCCAUAAAACGAAAAUAUCUAGAUUUUGGUAAUACUAAUUUACAGCCGUACCCAGUCUCUUUUUAUGGUUUGCCUAAUAGAGUAAAAGAGCUUAUCAAAAAUAUUAAGGGCAUAGAUAAACUUUAUGAUUGGCAAAAUGAAUGUCUGUCCAUGAAAGUUGUGAACGAUAGGCAAAAUUUCAUAUAUGCCUUACCAACUAGCGGAGGAAAAACUUUAGUUGCAGAAAUUUUAAUGCUUAAAGAAAUUAUUUGCUAUAAAAGGAAUGCAAUCUUUAUUCUGCCGUUUGUUGCCUUAGUCCAAGAAAAAGUACAAUCGCUGAUACCAUUCGCUUUAGAAUUAAAUUUUUUAAUUGAAGAAUAUGCAGCUGAAAAGGGCCAUUAUCCCCCAAGAAAACGUAGAAAGAAAAAUAGUAUUUAUAUAUGUACCAUAGAAAAAGCACAGAGUAUAAUUAAUUGUCUCAUAGAACUGGAUCGCCUUAAUGAAAUAGGAAUUAUUGUUGUUGAUGAAUUACAUUUAUUGGGGGAGAGCGGAGGUAGAGGCGCUACAUUGGAAUGUUUAUUAACCAAAGUAAUACAUGUCAAUUCUAAUAUUCAGAUUAUCGGGAUGAGUGCAACGAUAGGUAAUUUAAAAGAAAUAUCUACUUUUUUGAACGCAGAAAUGUAUGUUCAUAAUUUUAGACCAAUUGCCAUCAAAGAAUAUGUUAAGUGUGAAAGUGAAAUUUGGCUCGUCGAUUCUAGAACAGAAGAAUUAUUUACAGAUAAAAAGAUAAUAAAUUAUAAAUAUUCUGAAAAGGCGCUUCAACUAGAUCCAGAUUAUUUAGGUGGUCUAGUGAUGGAUGUGGUGCCAAAUGAUUCUUGCCUUAUAUUCUGCUCGAGUAAAAAAAAUUGUGAAAAUGUGGCGAUGCUUUUAACUCGCGUGCUAUUUAAAUCGCUAGAAAGUCAUAAAGUAGAUGAGAAAUUGGUGCUUCUUAAUGCUCUGAAAAAUGAAAGUGACAAAAUUUGUCCAAUACUAAAGAAAACUAUUAAAUUUGGAGUGGCUUACCAUCAUUCAGGACUUACAGCCGAAGAACGACGAUUAUUAGAAGAAGCUUUCAGAUCAGGAAUAUUGUGCGUAAUAAGUUGUACAUCGACAUUAGCCGCUGGUGUUAAUCUUCCAGCGAGAAGAGUAAUUUUACGAUCUCCGUAUAUCGGUCUUCAAUUUCUAAAUAUAAGUCGAUAUAAACAAAUGAUUGGAAGAGCAGGCAGAGCCGGUAUGGGGGAAAUUGGUGAAAGCAUAUUAAUCUGCACGAGAAAGGAUAUCGUAAAGAUACGUGAGCUUUUAAGUUCAAAAAUGGAUGAGGCCAUAACUUCACUUCAUAUAGAAAAAGAUCGUGGUAUGAACAAUAUAAUAAUAAGUUCGGUGCUAUUGUCCAUUGCUAAGACGCGAUUCGAUUUACACAACAUUCUAUCAAAAACGCUGCUUAAUAUAAAUAUUAAAGAAGUUACAGACAAGGCUUUGGUUUCACUUUUAAAAAGUGGUAUUAUCAGAGCGAAGGAGAAAAAUUCAGCCGAUACAACUUCCCAAAAGCUCGAUAGUACGGUAAUUUUUCCAACGCAAAAUAACGCUUUGACUGAUGGUGAAUCAACGAGCGAGGAAAAAGAAAAGAAAAAGUGUAUUGUUUUAAUAAAUAGUACAGAGUUAGAGCUUUGUCCUCUUGGACGAGCUGCGAUGAAAGGAUCGAUCGAAUUACGCACUGCGUAUACACUAUACGAGGAUUUAAAAACAGCUCAAACAAAUUUAAUACUUGUCGAUCAUCUUCAUCUUAUGUAUCUGAUAACUCCUUACGAUAUCGCUAGUCAAAUAAAUCCUGUAGGUACAGUUUUCUAUGACGUCAUUAUGUCGUUGCCGACACAUCAAAUGAAAGUAGCAAAGUUACUUGGAAUUAACGAGGCAGUUGUUGAUAAAUUGCGUGCUGGAAUUACUCCGAAAUAUGUAGAUAAAAAAGUCGUUCAAAGAUUUUAUGUUACAUUAAUGUUGCAUGAAUUGUGGAAUCAUCAAUCUAUUUUAAAUGUAGCAGAUAAAUAUCAAGUUAAUCGAGGUACUGUUCAACAUUUAUUAAGCUCAACCUCUUCGUUUGCUUCGUCAACGGUUAGAUUUUGUCAGGAGUUGGAAGAGUUCUGGGCUUUCAGAGAUUUAUUAAUGACUUUUGGCCAAAAAUUAACAUAUUGCUGUGCUUCAGAAUUAGAACCAUUAAUGGAAUUGCCUUAUGUUAAAUUGGGCCGCGCAAGACAAUUAUAUAAAGCAGGGUACAAGACAUUACAAUUAAUUGCAAAAGCUAAGCCAGAAGAAAUGAUAGAGAGAAUCGAGCACUUAUCAACUAGACUUGUUUCAAAAAUUGUAUCCGCUGCCAAACUAUUGCUAUUGGAGAAAGUAGAAAAUUUGAGAGAUGAAGUAGAAGAAGUUUUAGAUGGCUUAGAUAUUUAAAACAAUACCAAUUGAUUAGACAAGUCGUACGAUACGCACUGUGAUACUAAUAUAAUUAGAAUCAAACAUAUCAAAUUCUACAAAAUAUAAA